UGGGUCCCACAGUCAGGUAUGCACCCACCUCGGUGGGUUCGGGUAUCCACCGAAGCCGCUCUCCCAAACGAGCCCCAGACUCUUUCACGUUGCUGGCGGGUAGAGAUAGUAGAGGAGCAGGUGCGCGAGUGAGAGAUGGGAGUGUCUCUCUUCUACGGCCCCAACCCUCCCUCUCUUCUAUCAUCAUCUUCUAGCGGGGAUUUCAGCUCCAAGCCUCCCCUUCUAUCAUCAUCUCCUUGUGGGGUUUUCAAGGUGGGUCCAGGGCCCCUCUCUUUUCCCAAGCUGCUGUUGCUUCGGAAGAAGAAGAUUAGGCCGAUGAUGCCACUGAGUAGCCUCUCUUGCGAAUCUCAAGCUGCUGCCCAAAAUGGCUCUCCUAACACUGGUAACUUUUCUACAUCCUCAAAUAUUGCAUUUUCAGCAGGUCGCUUUGGAGAGGUCAAAAGGGUUACAAAAGAAACGGAUGUACUAGUGAAACUAAACUUGGAUGGGUCAGGAAUCGCUGACUGCAGCACAGACAUUCCUUUUUUAGAUCAUAUGCUGGAUCAACUUGCAUCACAUGGGCUCUUUGAUGUCCAAGUAAAGGCUCACGGUGACAUUCAUAUUGAUGAUCAUCACACAAAUGAAGAUGUUGCCCUUGCUAUUGGAACAGCACUUCUUCAGGCCCUUGGUGAUAGAAAAGGAAUCAACCGAUUUGGAGACUUUUCUGCUCCACUUGAUGAAGCUCUUGUACAUGUUUCACUGGAUUUAUCUGGGAGACCUCAUUUGAGUUAUGAUUUAAACAUCCCCACUGAAAGAGUUGGGACAUAUGACACUCAGCUGGUGGAGCACUUCUUUCAGUCUUUAGUGAAUACAUCUGGAAUGACUCUUCACAUACGACAGACUUUUUGGGUUGAAACAGCUUGCUGGGAAAAACUCACACCAUAUUAUUGAGGCUACAUUUAAAGCUUUUGCAAGAGCUCUUCGACAAGCAACUGAAUAUGAUCCACGGCGUCGUGGGUCUGUGCCAAGAAGUUGACAAAAAGUAAAAGUGUCCAGAAGGAAGGAAAAGAAGUAAAGCUAUCAUCAUUAUUAUUAUUAUUUUUGGCAAUGCGCAGGAAAAUGAUUAGAAACCAAGCAAAUUGGAGUUAUAUUUUGUUGAUAGUUUGAAACCAACCCUUUGAUUUUUAUUACAUGUCACAAACACACGCAUGUGCACACAUGGUAAUGUCAUCACACAAAAUACAUAUACAAAGGUACUACCGUGGUAUCAUUGCCACCACAGUUGUGCUGGUAAGAGUCUUUUGAGGCGCUCAAGUCUGCAUUUAUGCCAUCCAACCUAUCCAUCAGGCAUGCCCCCUCAUUCUCUGCCUCGAGCCGAAUGAGAAUGGCCAUUGGAAUCCUACUCUCCCUGCACAUACCAAUGUGCCACGUCUGUGGGUGAGGAUCAAUCAUCUGGUGGGACCCACUGUAUGCUUUGUGGGCCAAAUUAUCAGGUUGGGCACAUGUCAGAAGAAUUGGAUGGUCAUAGAAAUUUAUAGAGAUGCCACAUUUAACGGAUGUUAGACCUAGAUCCCCCAUACACAGUGGAACCUACCUUAAGACCGGACCAGCUUGAUUUUCUGGUCGGUACCUACAAGCAAGCAGUCCAUGACGAGGCCUAUGGCAACUGGUGAUGCUGCCCAGCAUAACUGGAGUUCUUAUUUGAAGUUUCAUUGGCUGUAUGUGCAAGUAUAUGUUGAGCCC